AUGCCAAGCACACACGCACAGCAGUUUCGCGCCUCUUCACACACAACAGUGCCCUCUAGCAUAUGGUACAUCCAUCAGCUCUCAUGGACAUCCAGGAGCCUUCUCUGGGGCAUCAUCAUGGACGUUUUCGGAUUGUACUUGACUGGAGACCCGUUGGAUGAGGAGAUUGCCCAUUCAUCGAAAUAUGAAAGAAGGAGCUUCGAGAGAGGCUGGCUGGAUAUCUGGCUACCCACCAGAUAUCAUUUUUUCUCGGGGCGACGCUAUCUGCUGGAACGAGCCACCAUGUCCAGCAUGCCGGACACUUCGUCAUCACUGACUAGCACGGCCGCUAACAAGCAGGGUCCCAACGUGAAGGCCUCGAGCCUGCCACCGGCGGCGUCGACAAAGAGUAAGGCAGCACAGCCCGGCGCCGGCGGGGGGGGGCAAGGGUCGCUGCCCGCCGCCACCGGUGUGCCCCCAAGGACGCGAGUGAAGUCGAAGCGCCCCAAAGACGCCGAUAGCCCGGAAGUUUGCGUGGUGUUGGUUCGCCGUUCCACGAACGGCAGCAUCGGCCGCCGUGGCAACGGCAGCCGCGCCGGCAUCAUCGGCGCAACGCCUGCCGAGGCUUUCCCGGUGGAGCAUCAACCGCGCGUCGCCGCUUCACGGAGGCCCUCCGCGGGCAAAGAGGGCGGCGUUGGUGCUGCUAGCGGUGGCCGUGGCGGUGGCGGUAGUGCGGCGGGCGGAGGAGCGACCGCGUCCGUUCCACGGUGCGAGAGGGCGGGUCCCACGAAAGUCGGAAAGGGCAAGGGGAGGGCGAAGAAGAGGUCUGCUUGGGGAGGGAAGGACUGGGGCGGGCAGGCAGUGUCUCAGGGGGCCAAGGACGAAAUCCUGGCGGGGGUAUCCUUGUGGAGCGUAUCGCAAGACGGAACCUUGGUCGGGGAAGAUGGCAACCACUUCUUCUGCAGUGUCUGCGGCGAGUCCGGCGACAUCACCUGCUGCGACCAGUGCCCCCGGGUGUUCCACGAGGAAUGCCUCCCGAUCGGCACGGACAGCCACCUUGCCGCCCACCACCAAACGGAGAAAGACCCGUGGUACUGCCCGUCCUGUACCGACGCCGGACGGGUCAAUCUCGUUGCCGGGAGAGAGCCCGAUUGGACCCCGGAGGAUCGCGCACAGAUGGCCAAACGCGAGGAGACCAGGGUGAAGAAAUCCCACAAGGCCAGACCGCAGUCUUCCCUGGAAAAGGCCGGCGGGGGCGGCGCCCGGCGGGAGGGACCAUCGCCUGUGACGAUCUCACCGUUGACGACAAGCGGCGAAAAGAAAGCCAGAUGCAAGAACCCGAAGCGUGCGGCGGCGGCGGCGGCAGCAGCAUCCACGGUGCCGUUGACGGUGGUCACCAUCAACGCUGUCGUUGACCCGCCGUGCAACAUCAGUCGGGCUGAAGUCUUCUCCCCCGAACUGGACAACCUCCUCUUGCGCUCCUUACUGUACGAAGAGAAGUACGUGCACAUCGUUGCGAGGCACGCCAUCAGGAGGCCGAGGCCACGGAACCCGACGCCGCCAUAUCAACAGAAGAGCGCCGCGGGCCGCGGAGCCCUGGAUCUGGGACGGAAAGAGGGAGGGGUGCCUCGAACGACGGGGAGCAUCCCGGGAGACGGCCGCCACGCCAGCAACCGGAGGGGGCGAACGGACGGCAACACAAGAAAAGCCGAAGAGCUCGGAGCGCUGGUGGCGCACCUUCCCCUCUCGCCCCGAGCCGGGAAGAGGCCGAAGCACCACGCCUAUACCGAUAAGCGGAGGCUCGGGGCGCCCUUCGCCGGAGCGCUGGGCCCGGCCAGGGUCUUCGACGGCACAGCGGUGAGCUUCGGCGCUCGCGCGACGGGACCCUUCCGCGCUGGCCUAGCGGCUACCAUGGUUGAGAUGGGGCUCGUGCCGAGCGAGGUAGCGACAGAAGCCGGGUACCCGGAGUUCGCCGAGGAGGAGCGUGCUCUCACCGAACAGGCCGAAAAGAGGGACGCGGCGGCGGGGGCGGAGGGUUCGUCGAGAGGUUUCGGUUCUGCGGGAGAUGGCUGGCGGUCGAGCGUGCCGUCGCCCGACCUCAAGAUCGGUGCGUUCACCUGGAAACCGCAACCGGUGGAGAGUAGCGUUGAGGAGGAACAAACCGUGGGGAGAGUAGGUACGGCGCGCGCAGCGAGGUAUAGCGGCGACCACAGUGGCACCAGCGAAGGCUUCCCGGAGCAAGACACCGAAGCACCGCGCGCCGGCGGCGACGGCAGCGCCGGCGGCUGGGAGCAAACCCGAGCCAGCGGUAGGGUGAGCGACCACAUGGAUGUGGAGGGGGGCGAGAGAAACGGGGUGCGGUAUGGCGCCGGAGGGUCCGGGACGGGGCAGGGCAGCGCUGGCUCGGGGAUUGGGCCGAUUCACGCCCGUGAAACCCCCUCGUCGACUGGCAACAACGACGGAGGGGCCGGCGGCGGAGGUAGCAAGCCGCGGAAGGAAAAACAAGACAACGCGCCACCCAUUGCGAAAGCAAGCACUGCCGGCGGCGGGGGCGGCGGCGGCGGCGGCGGCGGCGACCACGAGAAAACCACUCUCGGGAAGAACGAUCCCCUGCGCAAGGAGAACCGCAUGUGGAACCUGAAGCACAUGCGAGCGACCCAAGAGGGCAAGAUGGACGUGUGCACGUACUGCCGCUUUCAGCCGGACGGCGGCCUGAUGGUCUGCUCCACCUCGGAGCUCGCGAAGAUUCACUCCUUCUGCUUCCCAUGCUUGAAGAGGAAGAAUGGCAUCAAACUGUCCGAUCUCACCGGGGGCGACGUUAAGUGGGAGUGCCCGCCGUGCCUAGCGCGCAAGGCGCGCCCCAAGCGUAAACCUCACCCGCCUUCUUCUCUUGGCGGGGCGGCGCGGGCCGGAGACGGAGUUCCCACGAGUGCCGGCGGCCCCGUCCCGCGGCGGGGGAGGGGUCAGCCGGCGGGCGGCGGGCGUUCCAGAGAGCCUGACCGCGGCGUUGCUGGCGCGGGCAAAGCGGGCGUGAAGCGGUCGUCGUCGUCCUCCUCCUUCUCCUCCUCGGGCAAGCAGCUUGACCCGUUGAACCUGUUCAAGGACCCCGUGCCCGACGGCGUAGAGGGGUACGCGGAGGCGAUCGAGUACCCGAUCGAUUUCUCGACCAUCCGGCGGCGGUCGCAGUGGGAGCUGUACGGGUCGAUUCACCAGCUCGCCUUGGACGUGCAGCUGCUGUGCGCCAACGCGAGGACCUUCAACGAUCCCGGCACUGUCUACCACACGGCGGCCGGGGACGUUCUCAAGGGAGCGGAACGGAUCUGGCCCCAGGCACAGGCCCUGCUGGACCGCCUCACCUCCGCCGAGACCAAGGCCUCCCGGCACAACAUUAUGGGCCCCGCCGCCUCCUCCGACGCCUGGCCGCUCGACGGGCCCUUCGCCGGAUUCGAGCUCACCCCGGCCAACGAGGACGCGUACUACAUGCACGUGGCCAUCAGGCGCGCUUCCGCAGCCGCUCGCGCACACGAAGAGCAGGAGGCAGGGGUGGGGGUGUCGGCGAGUGGAGGGGGCCAGAAGAGGAGAGCCGACGGGGGGGCGGGGGGGCGCCGGGGGAGGGUCGAGGCGGCUGCGGUCGAGGUGGCGGUGGCGGUGGCUUCGAGCCCGGCGCUGUUGUACACCCGACGGGUGAUAGGCGAGGAAGAGAGCGCGCUGAGGGAGUCGCUGUCGUUGUACAGGGCUGACUGCACCGACAAGGCUCUGAGGCGGACGGUCGAGAGCGCCAAGUGUGAAGCUAUUGACCUCACCACCUUGCACAAGCGCAAGGCAUACACGCUCCCGCUGCCCACUCCCGUUACCCGGCAGUUUGCCGCCCCGGACGGAGAGCUCCUUUCCCACACACCCGUCCGUCAGCCGGUGCCCAGAGGCCCCAACCCCACCCUCGGGGGGAAAGUUAAGGUUAAGCCCGAGGCUGCGAAGGUGGUGGUGCCCGAGUGGAAAGUGCUGCAGGCGGCCCACGGGGCGAGGCAGCGGUUCGGGGAGGAAGCGGCGCGGCACAUGCGCGCGUUCCGGGGCCUGCUGAAGGAGGUAGCCGUUGUGUCGAGGACACGCCUACGCUUGGGGAAGUCCGCAGUGCAGGGGCUCGGUGUCUUCACCACCCAAGCCAUCGGCGCCCACGAGCUUGUAGUCGAGUACGUAGGCGAGGUGGUGAAGCUCGCUGAGGCGGAAAGGCGAGUGGCGCUGUACCGCAGGACGAAGUUCCAGGAGCACGUUAUUCGCGCCGGGGAGGGCGAGGUGUUCAUCGACGCCACUCGCAAGGGGAACCUCGCUCGGUUCUUGAACCACUCAUGCGGCCCAAACGUCUACCUGCUGGCGGUGACCGCGGGCAAGGGGGAAUCGCAAGAGAGGCGCGUUUGCUUUUUCUCCCUGAGGAAGAUUCCCGCCGGAGAGGAGCUCUUGUACUCGUACGCCGCCCGUCACACCGUUGGCCUCGGAGGGGCGGCGGUGGCCAUGGAGUGCGCUUGCCGGGCGCCGGAGUGCCGCGGGCGCCAAAGCAAGAAAGAGGACCAGCUAUAG